AUGGCGACAACUCAUGAUGCUGACUUUCAGGCCCUCAUGAAGGGACUAACAAGCUGGGAUAUUCCUACAGGGCCUGUUCCAUCUGAACUCCUUCUUACCAGAGAAGCUGCCUUCCCAGUGUUGGUGAAUGAUGAGGGUCAGGUGACCAUUGCUGCCUCCUCCUACAGCAAGGGCCGAUAUGUGGUCAUGGGCCAUGAAGGUUACCUAAUGCAUCCACCAUUGGCUCCAUUUCUUGCUAAUGCAGUGCGUUGGCUCUGCAGCACCCCUGGUGCUCCCAUAAUUGUGCACCCUUCAGUGCAAAAACUUGCAGAAAUCCUGAAGGUUUCUGGGAUUGAGGCACAGGUCCAGGAGGAACCUCCAAUGGAGUCUGUUGGUGUUUACUGCUUCGAUGCCUACACUCACUACAUGACCCAAAAGUUAACCCAACUUGUGAAACGAGGAGGUGGUGUGCUCAUUGGGGGCCAGGGCUGGUCUUUUCUAGAGAGGUACGGAAUUGAAAGUUUUUUAAAUGAGUUCCCUGGAAACCAAGCGAUCAGUUUAUCUGGAAUUUUCAUCAACAAAGACUGCAUGAACAGAAAGCAGUGGGUGUUCUCUGAGACGGUGCCCACUACUCCAAUCCAUGUCACAUCUGAGCACGUCACCAAAAAGGACCAACAGCAGCUGCUGAAAGGGAUCACUGAGCUGGAUAUCAGCAGAGGACAAUGUCCCUCAAAGCUGUUGGUGCACGGACCCCAGGCUUUUCCUCUGGGGAUAGAUAGCUUAUUUAACUGCUUCCUAGCAGCUGCCCACUAUGGCCAUGGUCAAGUUGUGCUGUGUGGCAAUGAGAGCAUGAUGUUUGAUGACAAAAUGGACACAUUUAUGAUGAAUGCUUUACACUGGCUAAAAGGGCAGCAGAAGGGGAAAAUUGGGGUGCACUCACAGCUGCAACCUCUGAGCAGCUUGUUAGCAAGAAAUAACUUGGAGUGGAGAAGCACAGACAUUCCAACCAGUGACUUGAGUGUCUAUUGCUGCUCCUCACUCAAUGAAAUGCAUGUCAAGAAUAUGGAGGAAUUUGUUGCAGAAGGUGGCGGAGUACUGAUGGGCAGCCACGCUGGACAGUGGGCUAAGCAACACCCAGAUUCUAACUUUCUGAUUGAAUAUCCAAAUAACAUGUUUUUAAAGCAGGUUGGUCUCAGCAUCAUUAAGGAGGAAGGGCAAAGAGGCCGAUUCUCAGUCCCCAAGCAAGAGCUGCUAAAUUACCAUGUAAGAAAGGCACUACCCCAAUUUGAGUCCAUGCUGUUCAAUAACGGAAGAGUUUUAGAAAACAGCUGGAUGGAGAUGCUGAAACAAGAUUCCUACCUUAUGCUUCAAAUCCCACAUGAUGAGAUUCCCAUCUAUAAGUCAGUGCACAACAAGAUUAUGAAUAUAAUCAAGCAGAAGGGCUUACCACCGGUGAAUGAAGACAACCCCAUCAGCAGGGGAAGCCCUCAGGACAUACUCACAGCCUGGGCCCGAGGACUGGCUCAGUCAGGUACAGACAGCUCUCUCAUCAUUGAUGGUCACUCCUCUCCACCUGCCACUGAAUCUACUAUCAGCAUUGAGAUCAACACAGACAACAGAGAUUCCUGGGUGAGCACUGGACUCUACUUACCUGAAGGACAAGUCGCAACAGUGACACUGCCCAAGGAAGCUGUCACUGCUCAGCUGAAGAUGCUGAUUGGCUGCCAUACGGAUGACAUCAGUGAAUUGAACACUCAAAAACGUGCCCCCAAAGUGACACGGGAGUACAACUUGAACAAAACCAACACCUCCAUCUCCUGGUUCUGGGGGGGCCUCCUCUAUAUCCUUGUGCCCUCAAACUACAACAUGAGCAGUGUGUUGGUCACCAUCAGUGGUGCAAUGCCAGCUCCAUACUUCAAGCUGGGGAAGACUUCCCAGGAGGAGUGGAAGCGCUCUCUCCAGGGAAAUCCAGCUCCCUGGGGUGAGCUGGCCACGGACAACAUCAUCCUGACAGUGCCAACGGAAAACCUCAAGGCUGUGAAGAACCCCAACUCUCUGCUCCAGCUCUGGGAUGAGAUCAUGCAGGCUGCAGCCACUUUGGGGGCUGAGCCUUUCCCCUACCGCAGACCUGAGAGGAUUGUCACCGACGUGCAGCUUCAAUUCGGUGUCAUACGCACUGGAUACCCCAUUAUGGCACAAGUGGAUUUAAUGUCUGAGCUCAUUGAUGAGAAGACAAUAAGGUCUUCUGGUAGUUGGAAUGUCUUCCACAUUUUGGGCCACAGACAACAGCGUCCUGGUUGGCAAUUCCCUCCUCACAGCACUGAAGCCGACUGCAAUCUCUGGAAUGUCUACCUGCACGAAGAGGUUCUUGACAUCCCCAGAGCAAGGGCUCAUCCUAAUCUGACUCCAGAACAUCGGCAGGAGAGGAUCAGAAAGCACAUGGACACAGGUGCUCCCCUAAGGUUAUGGAAUUCCUGGACAGCUCUGGAAACCUAUCUUCAGCUCCAAGAAGGCUUUGGAUGGGAGCCAUUCACCCAGCUCUUUGCUCAUUACCAGAUGCUGUCUAACUACCCAAAAGACAACACUGGCAGGAUGAACCUAUGGAUGAAGAAGUUCUCUGAAAUAGUGCAGAAGAAUCUGGUUCCAUUCUUUUAUGCCUGGGGCUGGCCCAUCCAGAAGGAAGUGGCUGACAGCCUCGCCUCACUUCCAGAGUGGGAGGAAAACCCCAUGAAAGUAUUUAUAGUUCAGUGUGUCAAUUGUGGAAUUGUCCCAGUGUUCUAUCUAACAUAG